GUAGUAGGCUGGCAGUUCUUCUCUUCCCAUUGAACCAUCUAUACACGGGAGAGAAAUCAUCCUAACUAGCUAGCUUGGUAGAACUAUCUCGUUGUGAUCUCCUCAUCAACUCCAAAGGUAGUUAAGAUCUUGCUAUGGGUGGUCUCUCUCUUCAGCACCCGUGGGCCUUUGCCUUUGGCCUCCUAGGCAACGUCAUCUCGUUCAUGACCUACCUGGCCCCACUGCCGACAUUCUACCGGAUCUACCGGAGCAAGUCGACGCAGGGGUUCCAGUCGGUCCCUUACGUGGUGGCGCUCUUCAGCGCGAUGUUGUGGAUCUACUACGCGCUGCUCAAGUCUGACGAGUGCCUCCUCAUCACCAUCAACUCCGCCGGCUGUGUCAUUGAGACCAUCUACAUCAUCAUCUACCUCACCUAUGCACCAAAGCAAGCCAAGCUCUUCACGGCGAAGAUCCUCCUCCUCCUGAAUGUGGGUGUGUUCGGGCUUAUCCUCCUGCUCACCCUGCUCCUGUCGGAGGGCGAGAAGCGCGUCGUCAUGCUCGGGUGGGUUUGCGUCGGCUUCUCCGUCAGCGUCUUCGUCGCGCCCCUCAGCGUUAUCCGCCUUGUGGUGCGUACCCGGAGUGUGGAGUUCAUGCCCUUUUCCCUCUCCGUCUCCCUCACCGUCAGCGCAGUCGUCUGGUUCCUCUACGGCCUCCUCAUCAAGGACAAAUAUGUUGCCCUGCCCAACAUUCUUGGGUUUGCCUUCGGUGUGAUUCAAAUGGGGCUCUACACCCUCUACCGCAACGCCACACCUACACCGGCGCCCAAGCAGGUGGACGAUGAUGAUGCUGUCAAGGUGCCCGAGCAUGUGGUCAACAUCUCCAAGCUUGGCCCAGCGGCUGCCAUCGAGCUCAACACACACAAUCCCAUCGAACCAGGGAUGCCACCGCUGAUGAAGGAAAACAGCUUGGCAUGCGCCAGCGACGAGACCAAGGGGGGUGUUGACAAGGCAACCCACGUCGAGCAAGUCUAGGCAGUCAUGCGUUCAUGCCUAUGAUGUAUGCGUGCACUUAAGCCAUGGCGGGCAGGGCUCGAGCAAAGAAGCUAUAGGGAGAGAAAUGCAUGCUUGUGGGCUUGUGAUUUCCACUAUGGACGUUCCAUUAGAUGCUCGAGCCAGUUAUUUUAUCCUGGUCGUAUUCAUUAGUAUGUCCAUCUAUCACUUCCAUGUAAUGAUCUUAUUAUAAAAAUUGCCAUUUUCUCAUGAA